CUGGAAGAAGAAAAAGAAGAUAUAUGUAAAGUAGAAAUAAAGGAAGAAGACAUGAUGACAGAAAGUUUAGAAAUAAAAAGUGAAAUUUUAGAUAACGAAAAACCUUUACUGAACUCUCAACCAAAGAGACCCAGGAAUACAAAAUUUAAAGAAAUGAACUAUCCUUGUACUGAGUGUGAUUACGUAGCAAAUCAAAGAAACAAUUUGAAGAGUCAUAUCCAAAUCAAACACAAGGGAAUGCGAUAUCCCUGUGACAAGUGUGAAUACUCAGCAACCACCAAAGGUAGUCUGAGGAUACAUAUCAAAAAUAAACAUGAAGGAGUGACCUAUCCAUGUGUUAAAUGUAAUUACGCUGCAACCCAAGCAUGUGAUCUCAAGAAACACAAUGAGAGCAAACAUGAAGGAGUGAGAUAUCCCUGUGGCCGGUGUGAAUAUGUUGCUACUGCAGCAUGUACAUUGAAGACACAUAUUUUAUCUAAGCAUGAAGGAGUGGUAUAUCCUUGUGAAUUCUGUGAAUUUGUUGCCAUCAAUACAAGUCAUCUAAGAAGACACGUUAAAGUCAAACAUAAAGGAGUGCGAUAUUACUGUGACAAAUGUGAACACGCUGCCACUACAGCUUAUGAUUUGAAAAAACACAACGAACGAAAACAUGAAGGUGUGAGAUAUCCCUGUCACAAUUGUGAAUAUGCUGCAACUACUGCAGGGGAUUUGAAGAGACACGUGGAGAGCAUACACGAAGGAAUCAGACAUUUUUGUGACAAAUGUGAAUACGUCGGAACCACAGCAGGUAGACUGAAGAGCCAUAUUGAAGUUAAACAUGAAUUAGUGAGAUAUCCAUGUGAUCAGUGUAACUACGCUGCUACAAAGUCAAGUCAUUUAAAGAAACACAUUGAAAGUCGACAUGAAGGAAUGCGAUAUCCUUGUGACCAGUGUUCGUAUUCUGCCACAAACACAAGUAAUCUGAAAAGACACUUAAAGACCAAACAUGAUGUCGAAUAGUCUUUAUAAUUAAUUAAACUUUGGUCAUUUCAACGAUGACAUCUCUGAGUAUAUAAAACUAGUCUGUUUCUCUGUUUGUUGGAUUGUUUGUAUUUAAUAUAAAUUAAUGAAUUUU